AUGCGCAACACUCGAAGUAACGCGGCGGCGGCUGCAAAAGUACCAAGAGAGGCGCGCGAUUCCCCGGCCAAGCCACAGAUGUCAAUCGAGCAAGAAACAGUAUCGCAGAGAUACCCAUUAGCUCGCCGCAACCCUCCGUUUGAGGCGGCUCAACGAGGGUCCAGUAUCUCAACCAACCCAGCGAGGCCUGACGACGAAACUGAGUUUAUAGAUGACGAUGACGAGUAUUUCCAACGUGACGAACCUGGCAGCCAACCGAAGGAGGUCGAGAUAUCGAGUGAACACUCCCGGUCGAGCCCAGAGCUCGAUCCUGAGAAAUUGAAGAAUAUUAAGAUCCUCGAGCCUCUGGUCCCAGAUUUGGCCAGGGUUGCUGAUAGUCUGUACAAAUUCUCGAAGCAGAAACCAUUGGAUAAUGAGAGUUUUCAAGGAACCUUGGGCGUCAAGAGAUACGCUUUCGAUAGCAUGCAAAACAGCUUUAAAAGGCUUGGGCAACCAUACAAGGGCGACUUCGUUGAAAUCACAAGCUUCAUGGAAUUAGGCUCUACACAACGACAAAGAUCUCUGGUCGGUCAGAUCGCCCGCGUCAAUACCGUUAUAGCCUACGACAGGAUCAACAAUAUUGGGGAUGACCAAACGCCAGAAAUCUUCAAGUUUCUCAAAACUUUCAACGAGGCCUUCCCCGACUACUUUCUUCUGGCCCCUGAAAUGUUCCAAGAACCUGAGGUAAUUUUGGAUAUGCGGACCUGGCUACUCGUUGAAACUCUUUCACUUACCGACGGUCAAAGUAAUAUUGAGGAAGCGCUCGUUGAGAUAUUCUGUGACUCUUACAAGAUAGGCAACCUCGCCAACGUGGAAGAACAGUCCAACUAUCCAGCGCUUUUGUCAGGGCACUACUUUCGAGAAGUUGGCGACAGUGGCCACGUCGACACUGAGGAACUCUGCUCAACACGCAUACUCGAAAUAAUCGAAGUCUUCAAAAAAAGGGGAAAACGCAAUGCAAUCUCGCAUCUAUUAGAGAAGUACCCUCUUCGGAAGCUGCUCAGAGAUCUCAGAGGCUGCUUUGACGCCAUGUACAAUAUCUCGGCUGACGAGGAGAGUGUUCCCGUCGGCACCCAGUCACCAUACCCUGAUCACCAGGCUACCGUAGAGAGUGUUCCUGUUGGUACUCAGUCACCAUACCCCGAUGAGCAGCCUAUUGAAGAGAGUCAAAGUGAUCCUUUCGGCUCUGACUCUCAGUCGAUCGUUCGUGCAGAAACUCAAGACGCAGAGCCCACUCUCUUCGUUGACAAACGAUCACUUCUCGCUCUAGAACGUGGCAUCCAGGGAGAUGGUACUCUCCCACCUCCCAAUCAGCAACCUGCCGGGCCCAAAUCAAUUCCUCGUGACUAUCAUCAGCAUGCGAACGCUGACCUCCUAGGCAGUCCAUUUCCUCCUGCAAGUUCUUUCCGAGUCGUUUCCAACAGCGACAGAAGCCAGUAUCAGGGCCACAAACGACCGCGAUCUGUCACAACAGAAGACGACGACGAAGAUGAUCCUUUUGAAACUGACGACCGUCGCGUGAAUCCGACGAGACGUGCUGAAUUGAAACGACAAAUGCCCCCACCGCCCAGGCCAGAGUCGAUCUCUAGAUCUCUCCCGAGACGUGUCCCCGUUCCUUCGUCUGCAAGAUCUGUGCCUCCUGCUUUUGAUCAGGAAUCCCUCCGGGAUUCGACUUCCCAAGCGGAUUCGCGGCCGCCAUCGUCCUCCGUGGUCAAUUACGAUGUACUUAAAAAGGCAGCAUCUCAAAGAAAUAGAGAAGCACGCUUGGCAGAUCCGGGCAGACAGGGGCCAAGACAGCGCGUCUCUUGGAGCGAUCAUGACACCCAGCUGCUACUUGAUUACAUUCAAGAACAUGGCGCUCGCUGGUCGAUGAUUGAGUCGGAGUGCAACCAUUAUUUUGAGCAUCCACGAAAUCAACAGGCUUACCGUGACAGAGCACGCAACCUCAAAACUGAGCUUCUUAUCACGGAUGCGGUCCUGCCACCAAACUUUAAUGACGUUGUUUUGGGCAGCAAAGAGAUUAUCAGGGUAAAGGCAGUCGGAAAGAACCCUGAUCGCAGGGAGGAGGAUGUUGACGCCGAUGGGGACCCUAUUAAUACUGAGCUUCCGGAAUCCACACCAUUUUGA